UCAGAUAAAAAUAUGGAUAUGGAUGAAAAAUUAAUAAAAGAAGUCCGCUGCCGUACAAUUUUGUAUGAUCUGGGUCACUCAGAUUAUACAAAAUUGAAAAAGAAAGAAUAUGCAUGGAGGGAAGUUGCAGCCAAAGUAAAUUUGAGUGAAUCGGAAUGCAAAAAACGAUGGAAAGGGCUCCGUGAUUCCUACAAGCGGUGCAAGAGGAUGCAACAAGCUUCUGGCAGUAGUGGUGAGACUUCAAAAAGAAAGUGGAGAUAUUUCGAGACCUUGAAAUUCUUGGAUAAUGUCAAAAGAUCCAGGCCAAACUCUAAAUAUAACGAAUUAUAUUGCAAUGAUGACGCAAUACAAUUAUUUGUCGAUAACUCAUCCAAUUCUUCAAAGCACCAUAUAAUUUAUAAGGAGGAAUCUGAGGAUUAUCAGAACUAUAAUGAAAAUAUUACAGAUAAAGAAAUUCAGUUAACGAGCAAGUUUUGUGAUAAUAACGAAGAGUCUGAGCACGAAGAAAUUACCAGCGAACCUGCCAAAAAAAUCGAAACAUUACCCCAAAUUGCUGAUGAUCCCAUAUAUUGUAACAAUUAUUUUACACAUAAUGUCACUAGCGAUGAUAACGAAGACGUGAAUAGAGUCGACAAAUCAGCAAGUGAUUUAUGUGACAACAUAAGUAAUUUGCUAGAGAAAUAUAUUCAAACAGAAGAAGAUGACAAUGAUUUGUUUUUGAAAAUGAUUGGAAAGAAAAUGAAAUCUUUACCACUAACUGUGAAAUAUCGUCUGCAAGAACGCUUCUUAAAAGAAGUUAAUGAUGAAAUACGAAAAAUAAAUGUAAAAAUAUAAAUAUAAUAUACCACAGAUUAUUUGUUAAGUAUAUGUAUGUUGUCAAUGUUUGUAUUUUACUAAAAUACGGAAUAGGUUAAAAAUACAAAACCAUUUCUAUACUUGAAAUCGUCAUUCAUUUUCAAUAAAAGACGAAUUGGCUUAAUA